CAGAAUCCAUUCGCUUGUCGAACCUCGUGCUGGAAAGUCAUCCGAUUUGGCGGUGUGAUUAAUUGCCGCAGUGUUGAAGAUUAGUGUGUUGGCUGCUAGAUCCUAUUAAGUGUAAGAUCUAGAACUGUUCAAAAGUUAAGCUAGCGCUAAUAAGUUGAUUAUAACGAAUACUCGGAGAUCCACUGUACGAAAAAGAAGCGUACUCUUGCCAGCAGCCGUAAUUGUAAAUACCAGAUUCAUACGAAUACUGUAACCAUGCGUCGCCUAAUUGGUGUAGUGUUCGUAAGUCUGGUUGCCUUGAGCUUAUUAUAUUCAGCACAAGCCGAAUUAUCGCGAGAUGACAUACGUGGAACCAUGCAGUCACUAGUCUAUUCUUACAACCAGUUAGACAAUAAAUUGGAGCGACACGAGCAUCGCGAAAGAGCGCUCGGUGAAUUGAUUAAAAGAGCCUUGCAGACACUACAAAAAGGGCAAAAGAGUCUCGAACCACUUAACGGUAUAUUUGCACGUUUAGAUGAACGCGUCAGCCAAAUUGAGACACUAUUGAUAACGCAAGAGGAAAAGUACAAUGUGCAGACGGAAAAACUUGGCGAAGCACUCGAACACAUCUUCAAAUGGAUGCGUGAGAAUGACGAGUGUUACAAGCGACCACCGGUGCCGGCAGUGAUGCCACCACCACCAGCGCCAAUUGUCCAGCCGCCACCAGCAGUAUCACCUGAAUUCAUUAAGCAACAGGAGCAAAUCAAUCAACAGAUGCUCGAACAAAUUGCGAAAUUGUCUACGAAUGUGGAAAAACUAUUGGACACCUCCAAGGAUAUGAUGGAACAGACCGAAGUGGCAUUCAAGAGUGUGCCGUCCACAGCGGAAAUGUUAACCAAGAUUGAAGAUACACUGGUGAGUUAUAGUAUCGUUACACCACCGCCCGCGCCGGAACCGGUGGACAACACUGAAUUCGAGAACAAGGUGUUUGGCAAAUUCGACGAGCUGGCGACUGGCAUACAAGAGCUGCGUGCGCAACCUAAGCCACAAGAUGGACUUACAAAUGCGGACAAGGAAUUCAUACAUGGACUGGCAAACGAAACACUCAGCGCGCUUGAGAAUGUGAAGGCCAGUGCGCAGAGCAGCACAGAAAAAGCACAAGCGGAGACAGCUUCACUCAUCAAAGAAGCCGAACAGAAUCUACAGACCGAGGCUGGCAAAAUUUUAGUGGGCGUCAAUACACAGGCGAAGUUGCUGCAGAACUUCUACGACGAAAUGAAUACCAGCUACAGCAAGUUGAAUGAGGGUCUUGAAGUUUUCAGCAAAUUCAAUAAUAUCUUAAUGGCAAAUUCGGAAUUAGUUUUGGACACGCAACGUAAAGUUGAGUUCGGUACUUUGCAAACCGUACAAAAGAUCAACGAAAUAAUUGAUAAACAACGUGAGGAGAUCGUCGAUUUGCUGAAGACACGUUUCGAUGCCGUCGACGAGAAUGUCAUCAAUAGUCAAAUAGAAACAAUGCAAAACCUUAGCUCCACAAUUGAAACGGAAAUCAGUCAUGUAUGGCGGCAAAUCUCCAUUAUGAAUGGCGACAUUACCGAGAAUAGAGAUUUACUGAAUCUAAUGCAAGGACGCAAUGAGGUCUUUGUCAAUAGCACAUUCCUUAGCAUGACUUCGAUGAGCAAUAAGGUGGAGGAUAUCAAGGGACGCAUGUUGGAUAUGGAUACAAAUUUGAAUUAUCUCUUGGGCAAAUUGUCAGUGAUGUCGCAGGAAUUCGGUGCCAUCAAACAAGGCCUAGCCGAUUCGUUAGAGCAACUGCGCAAUACCUUCCAUGUGAUGCAAGAGAAGUUGCCGCCUUCGGGUCCGGGACCGCAUAAUAUUGCCAAAAAUGAAUACGAGACAGAAUUGAAUUUACUAAAUAAACGUCAUGCCGCUGCCACAACGCAAUGAAUGCAAUGAUGCAAUAUAAUUGUUUAUGCCAUAUAAUUAUUUCAAAACUCACUUAGUUUAUAAAAAACAGUUAAAUAAGCGAUAACUUUUGUAUAAAUUAAACUAUUCAUACAUCAUCGAACAUUAAUUCAUAAACAAACAAAAAAUCACUCUUAACGAACAAACCUAAGUUACAAAUGUUCACUAUAAUCCGUUAUUUAUAAGUUAUAUUAUAUAACCGUUAGUUUUGAUUUUCUUCAUUAAAUGUAUUACAUAAUAAAAUAUUGAAAAAAAUUCACAUUAUUUACAUGCGUACGUAGUUGGUUGUUAUAACCAAGGUACGCACUCGUUGAACUA